AAUAGAACCCAGUUUAGUACGAUUCCGAGCGCGGAAGGUAGCGGUUUCGGUUUUAUUUAAUUUUUUUUCUUUUUUGUUUUCGUUAAUUUUAUUUUGGCUUUUAUUAGUAGAAAACAUUUACUUUUGUAACUUCUUUUGAAUGAAUAGUGACACCACACAUGUGUAGUUUGCAGGUUUUAGAUCGUAAAAUAGGGUAAGAUUUACCCUACAAAAAACGAAAAAAAAAAUCGUAGAAAUUCAGUCCUUCGAAUAAAUUUUGUAAUAAAUUCAAGAAACAAAAGUCGUCAAAACAAGAAAACACCAAGUAAAUUUAAGUGUACAGUAUAAUUUAAUUUAUCAAAAUAGAAGAAUUAAUUAAAAAAAUUACCAUUACCACUUUUAAUUUGAGUGACGAAAAAACAACCAUGAUGUCCAAUGGUUUAGAUUCUGGAGUUGUAGGACAGCAAAACGGUAGUAGUGGUAACAAUGUCGGCGGAGGACAGGAAGAGUCGAAAACUAACCUCAUUGUCAACUAUUUACCUCAAACUAUGACCCAAGAAGAAAUUAGGUCUCUGUUUUCAAGCAUUGGUGAAGUCGAAAGCUGUAAAUUAAUUAGGGACAAAGUUACAGACAAAAUUCCAUCUUUAAAUCUUUCUAAAAUGGUUCCCGGCGUAGAAGGGCAAUCGUUGGGCUACGGAUUUGUAAAUUACCAUAGACCAGAAGAUGCAGAAAAAGCCAUCAAUACACUAAAUGGACUGAGAUUACAAAAUAAAACUAUAAAGGUUUCUUACGCCAGGCCGAGUUCAGAGGCAAUUAAAGGCGCUAACUUGUACGUUUCCGGUUUACCGAAGAACAUGACCCAACAAGACUUAGAAGCCCUUUUCAGUCCAUUUGGUCGGAUAAUAACAUCCCGCAUCUUGUGUGAUAAUAUUACCGUACGUCAAUUUGUCUCGGGGGCCGGAGAGAAUUUGCCUGGUCUUUCUAAAGGAGUAGGAUUCAUCCGAUUCGACCAACGCUUAGAAGCAGAGAGAGCUAUCCAAGAACUAAAUGGGACCAUUCCCAAGGGAUCCACCGAACCCAUCACCGUGAAGUUUGCCAAUAAUCCAAGCAACAACAACAAAGCCAUUCCUCCAUUGGCAGCUUACCUUACUCCACAAGCCACGCGACGAUUCGCCGGCCCGAUCCACCAUCCCACGGGACGCUUCAGGUAUUCUCCGCUGGCCGGAGACCUGCUGGCCAAUUCGAUGCUGCCCGGAAACGCAAUGAACGGUUCUGGUUGGUGUAUCUUCGUGUACAAUCUUGCCCCAGAGACCGAGGAGAACGUUCUCUGGCAGCUAUUUGGCCCAUUCGGCGCAGUCCAGAGCGUCAAAGUAAUCCGUGACCUGCAGACCAACAAAUGUAAAGGCUUCGGUUUUGUCACGAUGACCAAUUACGACGAAGCUGUAGUGGCCAUCCAGUCGCUGAACGGUUACACGCUGGGCAACCGUGUUUUGCAGGUCAGCUUCAAAACGAACAAGAGCAAAACCACAUAGAGCGACGAGAAUUCGUAGACACCAGCGCGUUCGCUGCAUUCUGCGCUGCCGUCGCCGGUAAAUAUAAUUUAUUUAUUAUUUCGCGCGAUGCUGUUAUCGCAACUUAUUAGGUAAUGGAUGCGAUGGCCUGCGCCAGAGUGCAGCGAGUCCGGGGGUGCUACUGCCCGCCAGAAGCGCACCUCCCUAAUUUAAUAACUUAGUACUUAUAAAAUACGAAGCUAGUCAGAAGUGCAUUCGCGUUUCCUAUAGCAAACAUUUCUACGGUCUGAUGUUUUUGUAUUAAUUAUUAUUGUGCCAUCGCCGUUAUAUGUUGGGAAAUGACCCAAAGAUUAUAGCUAAACUAUAUAUACACAUAUAUAUAUAUAUAUAUAUAUAUAUUUACAAAUAGUAUUUAUUAUAUAUUAUUUCGUAAUAUUAAUUUCAUGUCUUAAGUAGAUUAAUUUAUGUAUUUAUAUGUAGUGUUUUCGUGUAUUCUUAAAUUCAGACUAGUCGCAACGCAACGGCCAAACAGAGCAGCCAAGUCAUAGAUAGAUGGGGCGUUUGUUUUGUGACGUUGCAUUUUGUAUUUGUGUUUGAUGCGUCGGCGGCGGUAAGGGCACCGUCCCGCUUUGUGAUAGCUGAUAUAGUUAAAAUAAAUAGCGUAAGAGAAAUACAGACCGACUGAAUGUAACAGAUUUUUAACGAUGGUCGCUCCUGCCGCCAAAGAUCCGCUUAUUCUCAUUUGUGUGUUGUGUUUAGUUUCACGUUUAUUACCACUUUCUAACAUCUUUAGCUUUCUCUGAAAUUGCGUGGUUUUGCUUGAAAUGCCAUCAGUUAAGCGACGGCAGUGCUUUAGCGAGACCACAACUCCUUAGUUUUUCGUUUUUAUUUUUAUUUUUUUAGUUUUCAUCGGAACGGACCAAAUUGGUCUCGUCCAGAUCUGACCUUUUUUAAGUUAUAAUUUAUUAAUUUAGUUGUUUAUUUAUGAAUAAUUGAUUUUGGUUUACUGUUUGAUUUCUUCUGAAUAUAGAUUAAAGUUUAUUUAUCAUUUCGAUUUUAUUUUAUUUUUCUUUGUUUUCCCAGUGUUGUGUCUCGUAGUGACCGCUGAAGACGACCCAUAAUUAAAAACUAUACGCUAUGCACAUAUGGUGUGUCCGCCGGCAUGCCAAAGGCGGUGGUAAAUUGAAAGCGGGCACGGCUAUAUAACCACCCACAAACUAACCAGCCACUUCCACUUAAACAAUUUAUUUUUGUAAACACUCGUACCUUGAGAUCGGAUAAUAAUGAGCAAAUCGAUAGAUAUUUAUAGAGUAAAAUAUACCGUGGCAGACUGACUGUAAUUAAAAUAAAAUAAUCAGGAUUAUGCAGUUUUUUUCGUCUUAUAGGUAAUUGUCACGUCGCUCUUAACACUUCGACGGCUGAUGAUAGAAUGUCAAAUUGUCAAAUAGCGAAACGCACACGCCCGCCCGGCAGCGCAGAAUACGAAUUGUACAUAGAAAUUAUGUUUGAUCGAAGUAGGCAAAUAAGUACAAUUUAAUAAGACAAGUCUUUUUGAUAGCUUUAACAGUGGCGGGGUUCUUUGAUGUGGAAAUGUGCUUGAUUCGGCCACGUUCACCGACAAUUUAAUUACACACACUUUUACUAAUAUGGAGAAACGCCGUUUUUCAGCAAAUCGUAUCCUCUAUUGUUCGCAACAGGUUUCACGGAAGGUUGCCAUCCAAUAGUUUAAAGAAUGUUGAAUUUCACCGUGUUUUGAAGUAAUAGUUAUUGUUAUAAACAAACAAACAGGACAAGAUUCAUUUUGGUCAAUGUUUUCGCUCCGCGGAAAUAUACAGGGUGCGGAAUCAAAUUCUCCAAUAUCUACAGGUAUCCUCUGUUUAAAUAUUUUUCUGGCUGUGAUAAUACUGAUAUUUUUCGGAUAUUACGGAAGAAGGUUGACCAGUCAGAUCUAUAUACUACAGGGUGUUUUGGAAAAAGGUACCAUAAAUUUAAGGGCUUAUGCAACAUUAAAAAAGUAGUUGUCUUUUGUUUCUUGAGAGGGUGUCGAAGAUGACUUUUCAAAACAAAAUAUUAGCUAUAUAUUUUUCAAAAAACAAAGCAAUGCAAUGAAAUUUGGUCUCCUGAAAGUGUUGCCAAUAUUUGAUGAAAUAACUUUUUAGAGGUUAGGAUUUUUAUAGUGCAUAUUUCAUUUUACAUAAAAAAAAACAUUCACUAAAAACUCCGUUUUGGAGAAAAACGUAAUUAACUGCCCCAAAGUCGACUGACUUGUACUUUUUAAUGUACAAGGUAUUCGGAAACGAUCGAGCCAAACUUCAAGGUAUGAAAAUAAACCGAUUCGGACCUAAUUACCUUAUUACAAUGUUAUGUAGUAAUAAUUAUCUGUUAAUUAAAAUGGAAUAAAAAAAGGUCGACAACUUUUUAAUUAAGCAAAGUUGUACUAAGAUAACAUGGUCUAAGUCGGUUUAUUUUCAUUCAAGAACGUUACCGUUGAGAUAUACUCAUUAGUUUCUGAACACCCUAUACGUUAAAGAAUAUAAGCUCGUUGAUUUUGGGGCAGUUAAUGCGAUUUUAUCAAAAACGGUUCGUCGUACAUUACAAAUAAUCUAACCUAAAAAAAGUUAUGUUAUAAAAUGUCGCACCGAAAGGUUGUAGCGGUUGACCUCUAGCAGAUGGUUAAAAACUAACAUUGGUGCAUUUAGCCAAAACUUAACUGUACCAAAUUUCGAUGCAUUCUCAAAAACAAAAGACGAUAUACAUGGACCAUAAUUUAAAAUCCAAUUCUUUUGAUGAUCUAUCGGUUCCUGAAUUUAUAGUACCUUUUCCGGAACACCCUGUGUAAUUUCAGAAUUAUCAAUUUGUCAAAAAUGAACAGAGUAGAUAAUAAAGGCGAUACUAUAUACAUAGUAGUGCGAAAUAUAGAUAUACAAGCCAUUAAUGGAAUAAAUAAAAAAUUAAACUCAUAUUUUUUUAUUAACUUGACCCUAAAAAAGUUCAUUUUUGGACGUUGAAAAUCCUACGUUUUAUUUGGGGUCUAAUUUUUUAAUAUAAUUUUAUUAGCGAUUUUUUGUCCGAAAAAAAAUUAAAUAAUCAAAUCAGAAAUGAAAAAUUGUCAGAGACUGUAACUGUAAUUUUAGUAACGAACAGAUUUUUAUAAAAAUGAGUACGGGAGCAUUUUGAAGCGAGUAGAAAACGUUUAAAUUUUGAAAUUUUAAAGAAUUAUUUGAGCUUCAUUUAUUUUUCUUUUACUUACUAUGUUAAUGGCUUUUACACUAUAAACCGAACCCGCCUCAUAUAAGCAAAUUGUUUCAUCUAAUCGUACAGGGUGAUCUAGGAAUAACUACAAAAAUUUUAAUUACUUAUUUAACUCUUCAAAAUCAACAACUUUUGUUUAAGAAAUUUUUUCGAAAACUCAUAUUUUCCCAACAUUUUGUAUCCAAUAAAAUUACCAUAACGAGCUACCUAUUGAUAAAAUAAAUACCUGGAUAUUGUCUUAAAUUUUUUUGCUAGCCUAAAUAAUAAAUUAGUUACCAGUUUUACCUUUCUUUUUAUUUAAUAUAAAAUCAACUCAGCGUCUCGACUUAUACUCCAGGGUAAAAAAAAUUAAAUUAAAAAGAAUUGUAUUAUCUUGAAAACUAAGAGUUUUUAAAAAAAUAUUGGGCAAAAGUUAUUAGUUAAAUGCGUGGGCAGUAUAACCUGAAACGUACAGGGACACGAGCUAGAGAUAUGUAGAGAAAAAUAUUGAAUGGAAGAGAUACUUGUAAAGCGAAAACUUUUCGUUACUCUGUGUAUUGUAAAUAAUGUAACGAAAAGAGCAUUGAAAUUUGACGAAAAUGAUUCGUAAUGUCGGUUUAUUUGUCGAAGACUAUGAUCCCCUUGUAUAUGUAGUUAAAAUUUAGGUUCUGUAUAGCGAAGAGAUAUUGCAAGGCAGUGGACUCACGAUAUGCAAGAUAUUCCACAGAUUUGCCCCCGCUUGUGAUACAGUAGCCGCGAACGCGACAACGGGCCUGGAAGUAAGCAAAAAGGCCGUUCAGCGGCGACGGUAGGGACCCGAUGGCGUCCAGACGCCGACGCCGUACAGACGCGCAAACGUGUACGCCGUACGGGUCGAUAAUGUACAAUCUUACAGUUUUAGUCAGUUACAGUGUUCCGAGCACAAACUAUACUAGCGACAUAGGUGAUGUUAUUGGUUACUCUGGCCUAAAUCGAAACUCGUGUAGACUAAUUCCAUAUACAGAACAACGAUAUAUUUCAAAUGAUAUUAUAUGUCUGUCAUCAGUGCUUAUUUACCAUUCUUAGCUUCUAUUUGACUAGCGUUUGCUAUGUAUAACUUUGCUUAACGUUUUCAUUAUUAUUGAUGGUUGAUUAUUAAUUAAUUAUUAUUGAUUACGUAUCGCACUAUUGCAUACGUAUCGUAUCUGUAUCUACAUAAGGGUUAUCUCUUUGUGUGUUGUGUAGAUCUCUAGCGUAAGUGUAAUAUAGUACAUUACAUAUUCCUAUUGGUUAUUUUCUCUAUGUGUAGCUGUUGUGUUGCGGCGGCCGUCUCGACGCCGCACACUGACGCGUCGUCGAGACGCUCGCCCUGGCCGAGCCGGUCAAACCUGGCUCGUCCCAGCCCCGCUUAACGAAGCGGGGCUUAUAGCUCAAACAUUGUUGUGACGAGAUGCAUUCCAUUAUUUAAAGAAAAACCACUGAUUAAUAUAUACAUAUAUUAUAUAUACUCAUGCCUAUAUUCUAUCUGUUUUGAUAAAAUUGUGGUUAUUAUUAUAAAUAUCGAGUGCAAAAGUUAUAUGUACAGAGGUUAUAUUAUUAGGAAGUACAGUACCUCAUAACUGUAAUUCAUGCAAUAACUUAAUAUAAGAAAGUUCUAAUUACAAUAUACUUUAGCUUUAGUAGAUAUAAGAAGCGAGGUUUGUACGAUCUCUUUUACUCGUGGAUGGCCGGUCGACUCGUCGGGGCGGCUCGACCGGUCGUCUUUCCUCCUCGCGCCGCGAGCCGCGAGUUUUGCAGGGGAUGAAGCACCUUUUCUGCCGCAGCGCCGGCGGGUAGGAGGACGCUGGUCGCUACGGGCGACGAGGAGGAGGUGGAUGACAUAUCAGCCGAAAACCACCGACUCAACGACUCCAUUCUCCCAGAGUCUCGACCGGUGCACCAUGCAACCCCGCUUAUUAGUUCUGAUGUCGACGCACACCCUCCGCGCUCUCGCCAACCAAGAUGCGACUUCUAGAUAUACAACUUUUACAGACGCUCGUUCCUUUAGCUGAAUAUACUUAACCAUAGUGAUGUGGUGACACUCGGCCGUAUUUACAUACUCGGCGUCUAUCCCCAAACUCUCCAAAAUGUAUAUAAUUUUGCCUACCCCCUAUUUUAGAAGUUAAUUUUUUUCGGUCGAACUAGUAGGUCGAGAAAACGCGCUCCUCUCUGUUUACAUUAUACAUAUAUUUUAAAAUAUGUAAGAGAGACCUGAUAAUUCCUGGGAGACAUUUUCAGAAAUUUGAUGGAAACAUUUAUUUGUCAGGGUUGUCAGAUGGUGCCGUACAUCAAAAGAAAAUAGGAGGUAGGCAAAAUUUAUUACCUAAAUAAAAUAAAGCGUGGCUCAUAUAUGAACAAAAUAAGAAGCACCUUCGCUACAAUAACUAUACUUUCCGAUUCGACUUGGAUUUAAAGAUAUGUACGUCUUCAUGGGGGGAAUUCUGGACGGAGCCCGUAAAUACUGGUACUUGGUGAUCGAUCUACAAAAGGCAAUCGUCAAGCUCUUGACUAUUUUUGAUAUAUAUCCUUUAUUAUCUACGAAUCACAUCGGCUGGCACAAAAAGGAGCUGUGGGGUUUGCGUUGACAUCGUGACUAGAUGGAACUGAACUGAUUCACUCAUUACCGAUACUAUAAUAAUUAUUAACUUAAUACGUUUAUGUGCUAGUAACGAGCGACACGUUCUAACCGUACGACGUUUUGACCUGCGCUCCGACCAGAUUUAAGUCUAUUAGUCUGGUCGAGCGCAGGCCGCGACGACACUCUGUGUUUCCAACUCUUAAGUUCCGUUGGGUUAGUAUAUAUGCGUUAUGUUAGUUAUAUAUUAAACUGUUAAUUGUCUUUUCUUGCUUAUUGUCCAGUGUCACAUGCUGCAUUUGUGUGUAUUAUUGUCAUUUGAUGGUUAUUUGUAUCUUAUAUACCUAUUUAUUAAUUGUAUCAGUACUGAUAUUAGUAUUAGUUGAAUCGUUAGAGAUUCGAGAUUUGUGUAGUGUACGGGACCGCGAACGCAGAGAUAACGGUGAAAUGUUUCGUUCGAUUUGGUUAAGUCAUCGUCAGAUGAAGAUGUUUCGAGUUCGGUUCAGAUUUAAAAAAAAAUGGGUUUCGUUUCGAGAAAGGCUGUGUAACGCUGGGAACCAGGUCGGAUACGGAUAGUACGUAGGACGAACUAAGCUAUAAGUACACUGGACACUGGCAAAUACUAAGUAUGGAUGCAUCUGCAAUGUUUAUCAUUGACAGUUGCAUCGAGGUCAACUAUAUAAUUCUACACACAAUGCAAUUGUGUAUUCCAGGCUAGAAGUCGGUGUAAUGCAAUAUUUGUACUUUUCCAUGUUGACAAAACUCAAUAAAAUAAACUAUGAAAGCUA